CUGAGCACAAGAAGAAGUGGAAACGCCGUUGAAACGUUCUGGGACUGUCUUUAGCCCAGUUUUUUAAACUGCAUGGACAGUAGUCUUUGAAAAUAAACAUUUAUAUUCCAUGUAUUGAUCAUUAACUAUAGUUGAAGACACUCGGACACUCAUGGAUUCCAGUGCAGAUGAUCCAGAGGAGUGCCAGAGGUCUUCAUCUCCAACUGCAGACUCCCCUGUAAUGUACCGUAACCCAUCACCACCUCCAGAGACAACUGAUGGAGAAGAAAAAGAAAAUACAGAUGCAAUUGGAGAGACAGUCUACAGCAAACACUGGCUGUUCAGCACCUUAACUCGUCUCAUCCAGAUGGUCACUGAACAUUCAGAAGAGGAUUCUGAAAAUCAAAUGCAGCUCAGCGAUAGUGACGAAGAAGCUCUAUGCAUAGUCUGGGAUAUGGCUAUGGAUAAGGACGUUGCUGGUUUACUGCAGGAAUUCAAAGCUACUGAUAUCCUUCUGGGUGUGAUAUCCAAAUCUCGAUGUCCACGUCUCACAGAAAUUUGUGUGGGAAUCCUAGGAAACAUUGCAUGUUUUCCCGAAUCUUGUCUAAGUCUCAGUCAAAAUGAAGACUUAGGGGCUGUGCUGUUGCUCCUACUAGGAGACACAGAUCCUCCAACCCUUUUGGAAACAAACAGAUUGCUGCUCACGUGUCUCUCUCAGAAAGAUGUUUCUGUCCUCUGGCUUGAUCGGAUAAAACAGCAGAAGUCUGUGAAACAACACCUGUGUUUCAUCAUGAGCAGCUCUACUAACACGGAUCUGCUUGAAAAGGUUGGAGAACUUGUUGACAAACUUUUUGACCUUGACGAAGAGCUGAUGAAGAGUUGGAUCACAGCUCAGCCAAGUGAGGAAGAGGAUGGCGAAGAGUGCCGUCUGGAUCUUGUCUCAUGCCUGGUUGAGGCAGCGAGGCAGCUCAGACCAGAGAGUCCUAAUGGAUUAGAGGUUUACCUCCACGUUCUUCAGCUCCUCACUACCACAGAUGAGGGUAUUCAGGCUUUUGCUGUCCUGGAUGGACCAGGCAAAACGGUCUGGGACUUUGUCUGUGAGGAUGUUUACCAGAAAAAUGAUCCUUCAGUUUUCCUGCAGGAGCAGAAGAGCCUGUUGAUCCUGUCCCUCUCUGUCCUUCAGGCUCUGUACAGGUGCCAGGAUCAGUGGUCCAGAAAAGGCAACAUAAGUCUGCACCUUAUUGCAACCAUAUUGCAGGUGCUACAGCAGCACAGUGUGAGUCACACAGAAGACGAACAGUUACAGACUCUGGCAGAGAUCGCAACAGAGUUUUUUGCAGACAUCUGCCAACAGAUCACCAGAGAUACAGUGGCAGAUUUGGUAAAGAAUGGUCUACUGACAGAAAAGACCUGUCUCACAGCUGCUGGCAGUUUGGAUCAAGGUUAUAAAGCUUCACUGCGGCACCUGCAGGACAUGUUGUCAGAGGCCGAUCCUCAGUUGGCAGAUGUGAUGAGGAAACAGUUUCCUGACUGACGGGCUCCGCACGUCACUCGUCCACGUCUGGUGGGAAACUGCCAAGUGUGUAUUGCAUCACCCUUUCAAGCAUAUGAGUAAUGGAGCUAAUGCUGAUGACAACAUCAAGUGUUUACCAGAGGGUGACAGUCACUCGGUAAGGACAAUAAAUUAGAUGAAAGCCUUCAGCGGAGUAACAAUGAACUCAUUUGGUUUCCAAAUGCACCGAUUCGCCCACUCACGCAGAAGAGCAGGACAGCCUGCACAUUUCCAGUGAGCUCACGACGGCUCUGUGAAUAUAGCAGCUUUUUAAUUAAAGCCUGGAUUGAAAUGGAGAACAUGCUUUCUAAUGGAAAUCCUGAGGUGGUCACAGAGUGUGUGUGUGUGUGUGUGUGUGUGUUGUACAGAUCACCCUAUGGCAACGACGUGUCUCAUCAGUCCUGCUGUCUCUAUACAGGAAGGUCUGAGCGUAGACUCUAAGCCUGAUGUUCGUAGGUGGCUGGUGCCUGAAUCUGCAAGUCAUAUUCUGUUUGUCGUUUAAAUGGCUACACUCAUUUGGCGCUGUCAAGCUUGGCCUUUCAAGACUGCUGGUGGCUAGUUAGUUGGCUGCUCCGUCUUUGGGCCACGCCGGCAGGUGUUUCAUGUCACAGAGAUCAGACCUGAACCCGGAUGUUUACUGCUCGGCUGUCAAACCUCGUUGUCGGUCUGCUGCCUUUCACGGCGGCGUGAUGUGAUGUGACUCCCUGCACAGCAGGCGGCAGUUGGCCUGGUGUUUUAUACACAUCAGUGAUGCACAACAUGUCAGGUCUGUCUGAUGCUGGAUGUCAGUGAAUUCCAACCGCUGCCCACACAGGGCACUUCCUGUUCUUUGAAUGACCUGACACUUCAGAUGAAAACUCUUAUAUUUCUGUGUCUCAUCAGUGUGACAUUCAUGUAAUAAUUAGCACUGUUUAUGAGGUUUAAACCUCAUGUAAAUUAAAGGUUCACUUCAAAAAAUAUCUCUUAUAUUAUUACCAAGUUAAUAGAGAUGUUAUUCAAACUAAUGAUGCUGGUAAUACAUUAUUUCCGUAGCUGUUGCUCUAACACACUUGGAAAAUUAAAUAAUAUUUACUGCACUAUUGGACAUUUUGCUAAUUCAUUCUGUAUAGAAAUUUAAGCCUCUGGUCGUUGUUGUCUGGUUCUCCUUCAUGAUGCUUCAGAUAUUUUUAAUAACAGAGAGAUCGGGGCUGCAGGUAGACCAGUCAACGUGCAAUGAUAAUACGAAGCAACAUAUUUGUAAUUUUGUGCAAAUUCAGUCCAGACUUUUAAUCACUCUUUAUUAUUAUAGCUUCUGUUCUUUACUUGUGGCUUUAUCUACUUUAAAAACCAUUGGACUUUUGAAUAUUGCCCAACUCAUGACUCAACACUCACUUCUGUACUCAAGAUCCUUUAGAAAAUUCUAGAUACUCUAGAUCCCGUUUGUUAUGACCUGCACUUAUUCUAAUAAUAUGACAUGUCAGAUUAUUAUAUAUGUACUACUCAUUUAAGCUGAAUAAGAAAUUCAGUUAUUCUUUUGACCAUUUAAGAGAAACUUUUUAAUUACAUUUUCAGGAAAUUAGCCAUCCCUGGUAAUAUUGGGAUUUAUGAACACAAAGCUCUAACUCUAUCACCAGAAAUGGACUUUGACAUGCAACCAUGUUCUGUGGAUGCAGGAUUAAGACGUUUGAACAGAGCUCACAUUAUGCACAGACUUGUUUAUGCUUUAUGUUUUAACGUUGGACUCUGGAUCCUGGAUGAACAAACACGCGUAUUUGCCACGUAGCCCUGGUUGCGUCUGACACUUGUGUACCUGUUGCCGGGUGAGGGGAGGGGGGCUAAUGAAGGGAUAAAGAAUGUGUGAGCAGCGUCACGUUCUCCCUCUCCUUUGAUUCCAAGCCCUGGUCCUAUUCACAAGCACCUGAAGGUGCUUUCAUAAAGACCCAUCAUGAUGUUAGCCACAAUCAAAGGGCCUCCAGCUCAUUUCCUGAGUUCCCUGACGUUCUAUCUCCUGUCAACACAAUCACAAUGAAACUUUGCCCUCAGUGAUCCCCAAAUAUCAAAGACUCUGACGUUUUGCUGUGAUGUGGUGACGUGCACCCAGAAGCCCGUCUGCUACUGUUAAUGAUGCGGCAGCAGGGAUUAACUAAUGAACGGCCAGUCAAAGUAUAUUUCAUCAUGCUGUUAUAACCUCAUAGAAAUUGUGUUUUUAAUGUGCAUAGACCAGCAAAUUAAAUGACAUCGGCUGAUAAGCACAGAGGACUGACUUCCUGCUCUGUACAACUCUUUUCCACAUUCUCCUCAGCUGGUAUUGUCAGACCCUGGUUUUAAUCGUGUCAGUAACAGUGUGUUAUCUUUAAUUCAUAAAUCAAAUAAGAAUACAAGACAGAAAUUCUUUCUUCUCAGUCUUCAGCCAUUUCAACACAUUGUUGCUUCAAUCCAUCCUGUGGUAGCACACACACACACACAACAACAACACACACUUGUGUACUAUAAUUAUUAAUUUUCCUCUUAACAAAGACGUGUUUUCCCACUUCUCUGAGUCAGACUUCCAGUGUGUUGGAGUCACAUCAUAAGCCCUUUAAUAAAUCAUCUACAUGUGUGUUUUGAAUGGUGCAGGUGUUUACUGGUGGAGCUCCAUCCUGUCUGACCUUGUGCACACGGACGCCUGUCACCAUGUGGCACAUGUUCCUGUUUGUUCUGUAAUGAAAGAAUCGGAGCUAAUUAAAGAGACGGUGUCCCGUCAGAGGAAGUGCACGCGGGCGGACCAGUCGCUGUUUAGAUUGGUUAGUUGUUCAAACAAGUCUCAGGUGGAGAUGAAAGAGAGGAACCGUGUUCAUGAAGUGAUGGUAGACUUUGAGCCUUCAUCCUAAGCUGUCCUGAUUAUUGUAAAAUAAGAACAACGCCUUUCAUCACCAUGGAUACGCUAUUAUAAACAACCUGAAACAUUUAGGAGGAUUAAGACAAUAAAAAAUAUUCUGAAUAUUUGGUCGUGAUAUGGACCUCCACCUUCUCACCCUCUAGUUUUCCAGAAUUCCUUAUCUUCUACAGUGUGAUCUAAGAUGUGGUGCAGCUUUAAUGCCUUGCUUGAGCUGCCUCUAAGUGCCAUGGGACGGAUUAGACAGUUAGAUCCCUCACAGCUUGAUGCUCAGACACUGUGAUUAAAUCCCUCUGAUUAACCUGAACAGAACUGGGACAGAGUGGGCUGAGUGCAGCUUCGACACAGCCACGCACAUCUGUAGCACAGCUUCACUUUAAAACAAAAACAAACAAAAAAAAACCAAACAGUUAAGCUUACCUUCCUCUCAUUAUAAUGAACAAAAGUGGAGAAAAAUGGUGCAGACAGGCUGGAAAAGAGCAGGGUUUUAAGAGAGUAGUUGAUGUUGGGUUUAGAGCAGACCUGGGCAAACUACGGCCCGUGGACCAGAUACGGCCGGCUGGUACAGACAAUGUCAAUCCUUCUAUUUCAUGCAUUACAAGGAAUCGACUGUAAUAUCUGUUGAUGUCACUAGUAGGCAGCGGACGUCAAACGUGCUAGAUUAUCUUUGAAAGUCAAAUUUUGACUUCAAUUCGACCUGUGAGCCAAAAAGUGUGCCCGACCUCGUGGCUCUGUCUAAUAGUUAAAAGGUGAAGAGUUGGAGGUGGCAGAGAUGAAGAUGCUGAGAUCUUCCCUGGAAGUGAUGAGGAUGGAAGGGAUUACAAAUAAUAAGUUAUGACGGAGCAGUUUGGAGAUAAGGUUAGAGAGGGAUAGUUGAUGUGCUGUUUCACUGUCUCCGACGAAGGACAAAAGAGGCCAGAGAAGAUUAGUGGAUGUAGAGGAAUAUAUGGUCCACAAAAGACAACCAUAAUGAGCCACCCUCAUCAUAAUGCAUUCUGCCGCCCGUGGAAGGGAUCUGGACUAAAAUCAUCUCAAAGCCUUUCAUUAUCUGUGUCACUUAAUAUUCAUAGGUUGCAGGGAGAGCGGAGGACACCGCUCUGACAACAGGCCAAAAGAAGAGAACAGCCUCAGAACAUCUGUAACUUUCUUAUUAUUCUUUUGAUCAGCAGCUGUUUCCAAAAAUAUCCUAAAAACUACCUUUGUAUUUAUUAGUGAUCUGCACAAUAUUUGAAACCUGAAACCAGCCUGAAGCCUUAAAGUCCUUUGGUUAUGGUAUAAACGAAGCAGAUCUUUUCUCCAGGACCUGUCAAGACAGCAAACAUCAAAGACGUGAGCAGGACGACUGGACCUUUACAGUCAUGUAUUUAUAGGUGUACUUUAGUUGUGUUUGGCCUCUCUCUGCAAGAGCCAGUUGUUUGGGCUUCAGUUCAUUAGUGAACAAUGACGCGGUCACAUCAUUCAACAGGCUUUGUCCUUUUCCUGUUCUUUUUCCACCUCUUCAUAGAGAAGAAGCGUCACGAGCGUCAACAGCUAUUCUAGUGGGAAAAAUCCAGCCCUUCACUACGUAUUAGUCAUAGUUAACAUGUCUUUGGGCGUUGCAAUUCUCUGCAGCAGCAGCAGCAGCAGCAGCAGCAACAGCAGCAGCAGCAGCAGUAGCCUGGUUUACCCUUUGUGGUGUUUGCUGACGAACGACUGUGUCAAUGGACAAAGUUUCCUCUACACAGGCCAAGUAGAGCACGCACGUUGGAUUGUUAUGUAUUCACUAGAUUUUUUUUUAAAUCUCCACAAAGAGAAAAAAAAUUGCUAACAACAAAAACUAUCUUGAGUACUGUCAGAACAUUCAGUCAUGGAGUAAACCAUCUCUGGUUGCAGUUGAAUGUCUUUUUCUCACAUUUUCCAAAACCACAAAACCACACGCAAUACCUUAUAGAACCAUGAGCCCUUAGCCAUAUUAACUUUGUAAAAAAGUACAUUCUUUAUUUGUGUGGAAGCCUGUUUUUUGAUCAGAUCCAUACGUGUAACUAAUGAUUUUAGAUGCACCUGUGCAAAAGGACCAACAGCAUCUGUAAUGGUCUGGGGGACAUCAAUAACCAUCAGUUUGGAGUCCAGACCAUUAAGAGGAGGCUCAGACAACAGCGUCUGACCGUAGACUCCAGACAGUGAGACUAGAGCUUAAGCCUUUUAAUAAAGCAGAGAUUGACCACUUGGAAAUCUGCAAGAAUUAAUAUCCUCCUCAUCUCAUCAUUGUUUAUUCAUCAUAAAAUGUACGAAAUGUAUGUUACAAUAUCAUAUUUUGAUCAACUAAAGCUUAGGAACUGGUACAUUCUGGUACAUGUUUUUUUAUUAUAAAUAAAAAGAGGAAGAGUGUCAAGAGUUAUCGCAGUAAUCCAAGGGCAGUGUAGUUUACACUCUAUUUGCUGAGGUUUAUUAAUCCUAUCAUGACUGACAAAGUUAAUACGUAGGGGAACUACAGGGUGGACACUGUUGUGUAUUUAAACAGAAACGGUUGUCCUUGAUGUGGACUUUAUCAGACAUGUGGCCGACAGGCAGGUAAUCAUUGGACUUACGGUGUGUGUGUAUGGAAACAUUUGCAGUGUAGAACAACAUUAGGAUCAGUGUCAGUGAUUUGAUCAGGAGACAUAACAGGUGUUUCCUGUAGGUAGAAUGUUGACUCACACUCUGAGCACAGACAUGUGUUCCCCAUUCAGAAAAACAAGUGGUUAA